CAUUGGCCGCACGUGUAGCAGCCCAGGCACAGCCCAGCAGAGCUGCCUCCCUCCCCGCAGCAGGAGGAGGAACAUUCCCCAAACUUCUUCGAGCUCUUCUGGAACAUGUCUGCGACUCUGGAGGACUUUGAGAAGGGGAACCCUCGGCUGAAUGAGCUGCCCGAAAACUCCCCGGUGGUGGCUGAAGCCAUAGGGAUCAUCCGGAAGAGGGCAGAGGCGGAGAGCGGGCACUGGCCCCUGGGGCUCCACGAUCACUUCUUACUGCGGUUCCUCCGAGCCAGAGACUUCUGUAUAGAGCAGGCUGUAAGGCUAUUGAAAAACUACCACAAAUGGAGGAAGGAGUGUCCAGAAAUUAGUGCCGACUUACGCCCAUCUUCCCUCCUUAAACUCUAUGCUGCUGGCUACCAUGGCGUACUGAGGUCAAGGGAUGCGUAUGGAAGCAAAGUUCUUAUUUAUAGAAUUGAAAAAUGGGAACCAAAGCAGUUUACGGUAUAUGAAGUAUUUCGAGUGAGCCUCAUAACGUCUGAGCUUCUAGUGAAGGAAGCAGAGUCUCAGAGGAACGGUAUUAAGGCAAUAUUCGAUUUACAGGGAUGGAGAUUAGUUCACGCAUUUCAGAUCAGCCCAACUAUUGCCAAAAGGAUUGCUGCAGUCAUGACAGACUCUUUCCCACUUAAAGUCCGAGGGAUACAUCUUAUAAAUGAGCCUCUUCUCUUCUAUCCUGUAUAUUCAUUAAUCAAGCCAUUUCUUCCUGAAAAGAUCAAGGAAAGGGUCCAUCUACAUGGUAGCAACUACGUGCCAACUCUUCACCAGCACUUUGCAGAGAAUAUUCUCCCUCCAGAGUAUGGUGGGACGGGACCACCUAUGAAUGAUCUAUGCAAAGAAUGGACUGACCACAUCAUGAACUCUGAGGACUACCUGAUCAGUAUAUCUGAGAGUGGUACACUCUCGGCCUCUUCACCAUAAAUGAUAUACAGGGUGAAGAUUCAGAGGAAGACAUGGAAUGACACCACAUCCUCCAGGUGCUUUACUGAAGAGGAGGAAUAAUACAUUCACAUUGGUGGAUUUAUGUUCCUAAGGCUGAGGUGGACAUUUCCGUCACAUGAAGCCACUGUACCAAAUAUUAUCAUUCCAUUGUAUCUUAGGAAACAAGGCUGAAAACUUAUUAAUAGACGUUAUCAGUUCAGUAUAUGAAACAUUUUUAUUGUUUGCAAUUGAAUUUACUGCCAUGUGUUUUUAGGUAUUUAUUUAUGUACCUUUAAAUCAUCUCAAUAUUCAAUAGGGCAGGUAAAGGCAACCUUCCACACAUCAGAUGUUUUGGACUACAUCUCUUGUGAUGCUUUGGCAGCAUUUUGGCUACAAGAGCAUCAUGGGAGACGUAGUCUAUAUCAUCUGCAGGGCCAAAGGUUGCCUAUGCCUACAAUAGGAUUUUGUGGAUUUUAGAAUGAAGAAACACAUCUCAUUUAUGGCAUUGUACUUGGUAUACUAAGAACUAAUCAUCAUCUCAAAAAACAAUAAUUAACUACUACAAAUAUUGUAGAUCUUUAUAUGAAGAUGUAGACUUACCAGUUAUUAUAAAUGUCAGUAUCAAUCCUUUAUAGAUCAUAGGGUGAAUGGGGUUUACUGGGCAUUUUCCUUUAAAGGGGUUGUCCUGCCUUACCCUAUUUUUAGUCAUGGGCUCAGGCUGGUCUUCAAACUAAAAAAGUUAUACUCCCAUGCCUCGAUUCCCCACAGUGCCACCCUGACAGUUCCUGGUACCGUCUGAACAUCAUUCCCUUACAUCCUAAACAGCAGCACAUGUGGGGUAAUUCCGCCCAUGUGAACUGGUAGGACAGACAGAAUGUUAAUGAAGUUAAGCAUAAAGUAAUUAAAGGAAAUAUGCAGCCAUAACAACUUAUCCCCUAUUCAUAGGAUAGGGGAUAAGUAUUUGAUCGUGGGGGGGGGUCCGACCACUGGGACCCCACGAUCUCCUGCACGGAGCUUCGGCUCUGCCGCGGCUCUCCCAUGCAGGAGGCGUGCAAGCUGAAGCCGAAAUACCUACUCCAUGUAGUUCUAUGGGUGAGGCGGGGAGGCAGCAUUCGUGCAUCCCCGCCUCUCCCAUAGAGCUGUAUGGGAAGGGGGAGUACCGUCGACCUCACAGAGCGGCAAUGCCGGGGCCCAUUUGGGAGAUUGCGGGGGAUCCCAGUGUUCAGACCCCCACUAUCAAAUACUUAUCUGUGGAUAGGGGAUAAGUUGUUAUGGCUGCAGCUGUCCUUUAAACCAUUAAUGAUCUCUCCACCUCCUACCUAUAAGAGGAGACACCUCCCCAACAGCAUUGUGUUUUUUUCUGUCCUUUGGACAGGUAGACAGAUGGUGGCACAUGCCCUUUGGAGACUGCCUUAUUUUUUCCCCUGUGGGAGGCUGUCUAACUUUUUUCUGGAUGCCUGGACAAGGUUUGUUCCAGAUCCCUGGGUCCUGAAUAUUAUCAGGACAGGGUACAACGAAAAGAAAUUAACCUUAAGAAACUAAUCACAGCUCAGCAAAACUAGGUGACAACCAGUAUGGAUACCUUUAUUUAAAGAGAGAAGUGCCACUAGCACUAGCCUAUCCUCUUUUCCUGGUGCAUAGAUAUGUAGAAAAAAAGAAUGGAGCUCCAACCCUUAUUAGUCAAAUAUUACUAAAAGCCUGAGCCCCUCUUAGGUGAUAGAAAGAACUGGCAGGUCAUGCCCAUAAUCAAUUAUGCCUUUUGACCUCCUGAUAAUGUAUUUUUGCCCCUUACAGCUUCCCAUUACGCCUAAUGGCAAGUCUGCCUAGUUAUACCAACCUUCUCCCUACAUACCUAGACAGCUUGAGUGCCUAUUUGGGGGCUAAAUAUUUCUUAAAUGUUUAUGACUUCUAUGUAAGACCAAAUUAUAUAUUCAUAAACUCUAAAUGGAAAAGGAUACUUGUAAAACUUAUCAGUAAGGUCUUUGAGUAGGUAUUGAGGCUUUGGAGGGUUCUUUGCUUACGCAAGACUGUAUUAACCUAAGGAUCUCUGUGGAUUCUGCCAAGAUAUAACUUGUCCUAUAUGAAUUAGUCCUCCGUCUGUGAGAUAUCACAGUAUCCAGUGAGUGUAUUUAUAUAUGGGACCAGGUGGAUGAUGACACCACUUUUUAUGUACUGUCUAUGCAUUAACAAAGCAUAUUUCAGUUUACAAGGGUUUAAGUCACUAAUGCUUUAAAUACUACUGUUAAGACAACAAAACAAAGUGCACAUUAGUCAGUUAUAUGUAUAUUAGUGUCACAUGAUUUUUGUGUAAAAGGACUUAUGAAGGCAGACUACACUGUGAUGCAGUGGUCUCUGUAAAUUUCUUUUGGGUAUCAAGAACUAAUGGUAAAUAGAAAAAAAACUAAGAAACUUAAUAGGAAAUAUAGC